CGAGACGCUCAUUCGACUAAUGACCACAAACAUACUCAUCCUAUCACCGCUGGUUUACGCAGCAACGGCGGUAGCAGCAUUUCAAGCCUUACCCGGGUGCGACGAUCGGUGUGGCGACUUGCAGAUUCCAUAUCCAUUUGGCACUAGGGAAGGGUGUUACCUGAACAAAAAUUUCUUGAUUACCUGUAACACAACUCAUGACGAUCGCCCAACGCCAUUUCUCCGGACCGGCAACAUUCAAGUUACGAAUAUAUCCAUCUCCGGUGAGCUGCACAUCUCAAACGUCGUGGCCAAAGAUUGCUACCCCAAAAGCAAUAGUCUUAAAGCACGUCCGUCCUCCGCCACUCUCAACUUAUUAGAAUUCACAGUUUCCAGUACCAAAAACAAGUUCACUGUUAUUGGUUGUGAUACUUACGCUUAUCUUUCUGGCCUAAUCGAGGGGCAAACCUAUACAACAGGAUGCAUGGCGUUGUGUGAUAAUAUCACCACCGUAAGAGAUGGCGCCUGCUCAGGUAAUGGGUGCUGUCAGCUGGACAUCCCCAGCGGCUUAAAGGGUUUGAGAUGUAGGGUGCAGAGCUUCAAAAAUCAUAGUAAGGUCUUGAGUUAUAAUCCAUGUGGGUAUGCCUUUGUGACUGAAGAAGACAAGUUUAAUUUCUCGGGGGCUUAUAUUCGUAAUUUCACACAAAAGAGAGUUCCGGCGGUGCUUGAUUGGGGUAUUAGUAAUACCACUUGCUUGACGGCUAACAACGAAAGUAAUUGUGUUUGUGGGCCCAAUAGCAUGAAGGUUACCUCUCUCCCCGAUGGAUCUGAGUAUCGUUGUGGGUGCUUGGAAGGGUUUGAGGGUAAUCCUUAUCUUCCUCAAGGAUGUCAAGAUAUUGAUGAAUGUAGGGAUGAAAGGCUGAAUGAUUGCAAGUUUGAGUGUGUUAACACUGAAGGGAACUAUACUUGUAAUUGUCCGGAGGGUUUUAAAGGUGAUGGACGACGUAGGGGUGAAGGUUGCACUCGAAGCUCCAAGUCUUUUGUUCAAGUUAUCAUUGGAGUAUCCGUGGGGUUCACAGUCUUAGUAAUUGGGAGUACAUGGCUAUACUUAGGCUACAGAAAAUGGAAGCUCAUCAAACUAAAAGAGAAGUUCUUCGAGGAACAUGGAGGCUUAAUGCUUCAACGACAUCUCUCUCAAUGGAAAUCAUCCACAGACAUGGUCACAAUCUUCACCCAAGAGGAGCUAGACAAGGCUACAAACAAGUACGAUGAAAGCGCCGUGAUUGGAAAAGGCGGCUACGGCACAGUCUACAAAGGCAUCUUACCUGACGGCUCAGUAGUAGCAAUCAAAAAAUCAAAAUUAGUGGACCAAUCCCAAACUUCCCAAUUCAUCAACGAAGUUAUCGUCCUAUCCCAAAUCAACCACCGUAACGUGGUCAGGCUCGUGGGGUGCUGUUUAGAGACCCAAGUUCCAUUGUUGGUGUACGAGUUCAUAACCAAUGGCACCCUCUUCGAUCACAUCCAUGAUACUACAAAACACGUCCCACUUUCUUGGAAAGCUCGCUUGAGAAUCGCUUCGGAAACUGCCGGAGUCAUUUCGUAUUUGCAUUCUUCAGCUUCUAUUCCCAUCAUCCAUAGAGAUAUCAAGACGACCAACAUACUUUUAGAUGAUAAUUACAAUGCAAAGGUGUCUGAUUUUGGUGCUUCCAAGUUGGUUCCAUUGGAUCAAACUCAAUUAUCCACUAUGGUUCAAGGGACUUUUGGAUAUUUGGACCCGGAGUAUUUGUUAACGAGUGAGUUGACGGAGAAGAGCGAUGUGUAUAGCUUUGGAAUUGUGCUUCUAGAGCUGAUAACCGGGAAGAAGGCAGGGAAUUUCGAGGGGCCGGAAGCGGAGAGAAAUUUAGCUGUGUAUGUUUUACGUGCAAUGAAGGAAGAUCGGUUGGGGGAUGUUGUGGAGAAGGGAAUGGCGAGGGAAAGGGAAUUUGAGCAGAUAAAAGAAGUGGGGAAGGUGGCGAGGAAGUGCUUGAGAAUAAGUGGGGAGGAGAGGCCGAGCAUGAAGGAGGUGGGCAUGGAGUUGGAGGGUUUGAGAGUGAUGGUUGAACAUGAGUGGGUUGAUGAAGAAAAAUUGGUGGCGGAUGGAGCUUUGGAUUCGACGUCGAAUCAGUUUCGUCAAAUCGAGACGCUUAUUCGACUCAUGAUCGUAAACAUACUCAUCCUAUCGUCACCAGUUUACGCAUCUCAAGCCUUACUCGGCUGCCCCGAUCGGUGUGGCGACUUGCAGAUACCAUAUCCAUUCGGAACAAGGGAAGGGUGUUACCUAAACAAAAAUUUCUUGAUUACCUGUAACACAACUCAUUUCAAUCCCCCGAGGCCAUUUCUCCGGACCGGCAACAUUCAAGUUACGAAUAUAUCCAUCUCCGGUGAGCUCCAAAUCUUGCACUUUGGGGCCAAAGAUUGCUACCCCAAAAACAAUAGCCUCGACGCACGUCGGACCUCCGCCACUCUCAACUUAUCCACGUUCACAGUUUCCAGUACCAAAAACAAGUUCACUGUUAUCGGCUGUGAUACAUACGCUUUUCUUUCUGGCCAAAUCGAGGGGCAAAGCUAUAGAACAGCAUGCGUGGCGUUGUGUGAUAACAUCACCACCGUAAGAGAUGGCGCCUGCUCUGGUAAUGGGUGCUGUCAGCUUGACAUCCCUAGCGGCUUAAAGGGUUUGAGGUAUAGGGUGCGCAGCUUCGACAAUCACACCGACGUCUUGAGCUUUAAUCCAUGUGGGUAUGCCUUUGUGACCGAGGAAGACAAGUUUCAUUUCUCGGCGGCUUAUAUUCGUGAUUUCCCACAAAGGCAAGUUCCUGUUGUGCUUGAUUGGGGUAUUAGUAAUACCACUUGCUCCACGGCUAACAACAAAAGUAAUUGUAUUUGUGGGCCCAAUAGCAUGAUGGUUAACCCUCUCCAUGAUGGAUCUGAGUAUCGUUGCCGGUGCUUGGAUGGGUUUGAGGGUAAUCCUUAUCUUCCUCGAGGAUGUCAAGAUAUUGAUGAAUGUAGGGAUGAAAGGCUGAAUGAUUGCAAGUUUGAGUGUGUUAACACUAAAGGGAACUAUACUUGUAAUUGUCCGGAGGGUUUUAAAGGUGAUGGACGACGUGGGGGUGAAGGUUGCACUCGAAGCUCCAAGUCUUUUGUUCAAGUUAUCAUUGGAGUAUCCGUGGGGUUUACAGUCUUAGUAAUUGGGAGUACAUGGCUAUACUUAGGCUACAGAAAGUGGAAGCUCAUCAAACUAAAAGAGAAGUUCUUCGAGGAAAAUGGAGGCUUAAUGCUUCAACGACAUCUCUCUCAAUGGAAAUCAUCCACAGACACAGUCACAAUCUUCACCCAAGAGGAGCUAGACAAGGCCACAAACAAGUACGAUGAAAGCGCCGUGAUUGGAAAAGGCGGCUACGGCACAGUCUACAAAGGCUUCUUACCCGACGGCUCAGUAGUAGCAAUCAAAAAAUCAAAAUUAGUGGACCAAUCCCAAACAUCCCAAUUCAUCAAUGAAGUCAUUGUUCUUUCCCAAAUCAACCAUCGAAACGUGGUCAAGCUCUUAGGGUGUUGUUUGGAGACCCAAGUCCCAUUGUUGGUCUACGAGUUCGUCACCAACGGCACCCUCUUCGACCACAUCCAUGACACUACCAAACACGUCCCACUUUCUUGGGAAGCUCGCUUGAGAAUCGCUUCGGAAACUGCCGGGGUCAUUUCGUAUUUGCAUUCAUCAGCUUCCACUCCAAUCAUCCAUAGAGAUAUCAAGACGACCAACAUACUUUUAGACGAUAAUUACAAUGCAAAGGUGUCUGAUUUCGGUGCUUCCAAAUUGGUUCCAUUGGAUCAAACUCAAUUAUCCACUAUGGUUCAAGGGACUCUUGGAUAUUUGGACCCGGAGUAUUUGUUAACGAGUGAGUUGACGGAGAAGAGCGAUGUGUAUAGCUUUGGAAUUGUGCUUCUAGAGCUGAUAACCGGGAAGAAGGCGGUGAGUUUCGAGGGGCCGGAAGCGGAGAGGAAUUUAGCUAUGUAUGUUCUAUGUGCAAUGAAGGAAGAUCGGUUGGGGGAUGUUGUGGAGAAGGGAAUAAUGGCGAGGGAAAGGGAGUUUGAGCAGAUAAAAGAAGUGGGGAAGGUGGCGAGGAAGUGCUUGAGAAUAAGUGGGGAGGAGCGGCCGAGCAUGAAGGAGGUGGCUAUGGAGUUGGAGGGUUUGAGAGUGAUGGUUGAACAUCAAUGGGUUAAUGAAGAAAAUAUGGUGGCAGAUGGAGCUUCGCAUAUGUUUGUGGUGAGUGGGAGUACAAAUGUUGUGGAUGAUAGCAUGAAAGUUCAGGUUUUGCCACUGAUUCAUGAUGGAAGAUGAUGAAUUGUUUGAUGAACUCAAGAUUGUUGGUUUAUUCAAAUUGCAUAUAGUUUGGAUUUCAAUUCCUAACUUCAUUAUGUACUAAAUGUUUUGGAGUUUUCUAUUAAUGUUAUUUGGUUGAAUCUUCUUAAAAACAA